AUGAGUGAGCAAUCACGCUGGUUCAUCAAGGACAAGCCCCUGGAAGAGAAGAUCAAAGCCUGUAAGAAAUCGUUGGAGGCUGCUCAACGCUCAGGCCGGGCCAACAUUGCAAAGGCGCUCGAGGAAAAGCUGGUGAAACUCCUUGAUGAACAGUCGCCAGCUUCCAAGCCCAAGGCUGUGAAGGGUGGGGCAGCCAAAGGAAAGAACACCAAGAGGCCCAAGAAAGCCCCAACACCCCGUGAAGCCAAGGAAAUCCCCUUGAAGAAGAAGAAGAAGGAGACACCCCGAAGUGCAUCCAGCAAAGCAACCCACUCAGCCAACCAACCCAUCCAGCCAGCCAAGCAGACAAAGAAAACCAAAACCAUGAAGGCCACCAGAGCAGACGAAGCCAGUGCCAGCGCCCCACAGGCGUUCCGGAAGCUCCGGAAGAAGGUCACGACAACACAGGAACCAGAGAAGGUGAAGAAGAAACUGAAAAAGAAGAGUCAAGGAAGUGGCAAUGACCAUCAGACUGCCAUCGACUUGCUGCUCCGUGCGGCCGCCAAAGCGAAAGCGGCCCGAGCAGCUGCAGGAGAGGAGUCCGAAGAAGAAGCUCUCAUGCCGGACCUGCCACCGGCCAAGUGCUUCACAUCCAUGACUGCAGAUGAUGGAGAACCUGGCUUCGGCGAGGACGAUGGGCACCCGAACUCGACGACUGGGGCCGAGGAGGAGGACGACUUCUUUGAUGCGGUGGAGGAUCCACUCGUUGACCGUCCAGAAGCUCCGGACCCGGUUUGUGUGUUUUUCUCGAAGGAGUCCCACCAAGGGGCUGGUUUGAGCAGUGUGAUCCGUUUUGACAGUGAGGAAUCAUGA